AUGCUCACCCGCUCCUGGCACAUGCAUGGGCUCCACUCUCCCGACUUACGCAUCUUCCGCUCGCCGGUACCUCCACCUGCCAACUUAUGUCCCAACUACGGUGGGAAAACAUGCAACUCCAUGCCGACCAAUACGGGUACAUCACUCCCCGAUGGCUGGGACGUACGGCGCUAUGAGCCCAACUCCUUCUGGCAUAUCGUGAUAUCUGGCUCGCUCAACAAAUGGGCGCGGACCAGCCGGCUACAUACAACGGCCCCUGGGACAGAUGCAGUACACGGAAGGACGACGCCCCGGCAUCAAGUCACCGCCGGCCCGUAUGCGUACUGGUGUAUCUGCUACAAGCGUUCCCCUGGUCACCGAACACUGGACACAUUAGGGGCUACAUGGCACCUGCACAUCCCGGCGGGACAACUACGAAUGCGCUACCACUCUACAAUUACGUACUCAUCGCCGCUGAGGUGGGCCGGGAUGACAAAUACGAACAAGGUGGACAUCCUCCUGGGGUACAUUGUGUCACCCGACACUAACACCAGCACGCUAUCGACGCCCUGUGCCCAAGAGCUUCAGAAGUGGGGCCAACUGCCGUGGGUCACGAAUCCGCCGCGCAACGCCCUUCCCAGCCCCCCACCGGCUUACACCAUGCACUUCGCUGGGAUGCCGAUACCAACGGCGAUCCAGAAGAUCUGA